ACAUAGAAUAUACAUAGAAGAGAGAGAACAGAGAGAAGAGAGAGAAAGCCCAAUUGUGGAGAGAAAGAGAGCAGAACCGAAACCCAGAAAAACCCAAGUGCUCUGUAUAACUAAUUAUCAGAAAAAAAGAUUUUUUCAAUUUCUUCAUUUAUUUGUUUCUGUCCAUUUCUAGGCAUUCUUGGAUGGAAUGCUACUUAUAAAUUUCAGGCUUGAGAAAGUAGCAUCUUUGUUAGGAUUUUUUUUUUCUUGUGAAGAAAUAAAACCCUAAAUUUGUUUGCAGACACAGAGGGUUGAGAGUUGGAGAUUUGAUAAAGAAAAUUUUAUUUAUUUUGUUUUUAUUUUUUGUUUUUUGUUUUUAUUUUUUUUCUGGUUUAAUUUUCAUGGCUGCUGUUGCGGAGAAUGGGUUUGGUUCGGAUGAUCAGUUCAUCCAUCAUCGCCCUUCUUCCACUAUUGCUGUUACUUCUGUUCCUACUGUUGGUGAUGUUGCCCCAAUUUCCUCUGAUUCUCAAUCUGAGUUCCAGAGCGAUGUGCGCAAGCUCGUUGAUUUGCUCUCGAAAUUGAACCCGUCGGCGAAGGAAUUCUUCCCGUCUUCUUAUACGACUGAUCGUCAAUCACAAUCACAGUCUCCUCCAAGUGAUUUUAAUGGGGCUAAUGAGGAUUUCAACAACGGGUCUGCAAAUUAUCGAAGGAAGAGGAUUAAUUAUAAUCCGGGGAGGAGAAGAUUGAAUGGGAGAGCUCUUAGAGCACAAAGAGAAGAUAGCAUUAGACGAACUGUAUAUGUUUCUGACAUCGAUCAGCAUGUCACUGAAGAGCGGCUUGCUGCACUGUUCAUUAAUUGUGGACAAGUAGUUGACUGUCGAGUUUGUGGUGAUCCUCACUCAGUUCUUCGGUUUGCUUUUAUUGAGUUUGCUGAUGAGCAAGGUGCAAGAGCAGCUCUCAACCUUGGUGGGACCAUGCUGGGUUACUAUCCUGUCAGAGUUUUACCUUCAAAAACUGCUAUCUUGCCUGUGAACCCUACAUUCCUUCCCAGGUCUGAAGAUGAACGGGAGAUGUGUGCCCGGACAGUGUAUUGUACAAAUAUUGAUAAGAAGGUUACUCAAAAUGAUGUGAAAGUUUUCUUUGAGACAAUCUGUGGUGAGGUUUCUCGCCUGAGGCUUUUGGGAGAUAAUGUGCAUUCGACUCGUAUAGCAUUUGUCGAGUUUUUCAUGGCAGAAAGUGCCAUUAUGGCACUGAACUGCAGUGGGAUGCUUUUGGGAAGCCUUCCUGUUAGGGUAAGCCCUUCAAAAACACCAGUAAGGCCUCGAGUUCCUCGCACAAUCAUACACUGACGAGUAGUAGCAACAAUGCUAUUGGUUUAUUCCCUAUUGAAAGAGACUGUUGUGUCGAAGGGUUGGUGAAACUUUGUAGUUUCAGUAUGUAUCCAUCUUUCCAUUGCAACAUUUUCUGCACCUGAACAUUGAUCUGGCCUUCAAGCUCUUGACAGAAUCAACUUGUUCCUAGCUUAGUAGUCAUCACCAUACUUUCUCGCAAUGUUUCUCGUGACCUGAUGGGUGAUUUAUUCAGUCUUCACUAGCAAAAUAGAAAGGGUAGUGAAGAACAAACUACCUUGCUGUUGUACUUGUGGAGGUUCAAACAACAUUGCAUAUAUAACCAAUGGUAUAAUGUUGGUUUUUGCAGUAUCAAAUGUAGUCUCACCAUACUGAAUUGUGAUGAACUUGCACUGGCAUGGUUAUACAGGGAGAGUAUCUAUUACCAUUUCUUAA